CCAACUACAUACCGAAUUAGGACAUCCCGGGCAGAGAAAAAUGGAUGAGGCUGUUGGGCAGCGAUUCUGGUGGCCAGACCAGCGCAGAGAUGUGGUUAACUUCUGUAACGCUUGUCAGGAAUGCCUUCGUGCGAAACCGCCUCAGAGGCCAAACCGCGCACCGCUACAACCCAUCAUCACCGGAUACCCAAAUCAAACAGUUGCAGUAGAUGUAAUGGGACCUCUACCCCGAACAGACCGUGGUAACCGCUACAUUCUAAUUCUGGUCGACCAUUUCACGAAGUGGUGCGAGGCCACUCCUAUUCCCUACAACGGCGCAACUGUUGUAGCACAUGCGAUCUUCGAGCAAUGGGUCUCGCGUUGGGGCGCCCCGGAGCAGUUGCAUUCGGACCGAGGUUCGAAUUUCGAGAGCACUAUUGUUUCUGAGCUAUGCCAUCUUCUUGGUAUCCGCAAAACGCGCACUACUGCUUACCACCCGCAAGGAAAUGGUGGAGUUGAACGCGCAAAUCGGUCAAUAAAGGCUCUGUUAAAAGCGUUCACAGACGAAUACAGCGCACGGGAGUGGG